CUCCCUUCGCCCAAUUACAAUAUUCAGCGGCCGCGCGUGCGUGCGCGCGUGUGUGUGCGCGCGCGUGUGUCUGUGCGUGUGUGCGAGUGAGUGUGUGCGUGUGUGUGUGUGUGUGCGCGUGCGGUGUGCAUGUGCCGGGCCGCCUCGCUCUGUCCAGCGGCAAAAAAAAAAAGAGGCUCAGUUUCGUCGCCUUUGCACGGAGGUCCCAGGAUUCUUGAGCUGAGCCCAGCUGACAAGCUUUUGAAGAUGGCACAAUAACAGUCCAGUGAUGCCUGACCAUGACAGCACAGCCCUCUUAAGCAGGCAAACCAAGAGAAGAAGAGUUGACAUUGGAGUGAAAAGGACGGUAGGGACAGCAUCUGCAUUUUUUGCAAAGGCAAGAGCGACGUUUUUUAGUGCCAUGAAUCCCCAAGGUUCAGAGCAGGAUGUUGAGUAUUCAGUGGUGCAGCAUGCAGAUGGGGAAAAGUCAAAUGUACUCCGCAAGCUGCUGAAGAGGGCGAACUCGUAUGAAGAUGCCAUGAUGCCUUUUCCAGGAGCAACCAUAAUUUCCCAGCUGUUGAAAAAUAACAUGAACAAAAAUGGUGGCACCGAGCCCAGUUUCCAAGCCAGCGGUCUCUCUAGUACAGGCUCAGAAGUACAUCAGGAGGAUGUAUGCAGCAACUCUUCAAGAGACAGCCCCCAAGAGUGUCUUUCCCCUUUUGGCAGGCCGACUAUGAGCCAGUUUGAUGUGGAUCGGUUAUGCGAUGAGCACCUGAGAGCUAAACGCGCCCGAGUUGAGAAUAUCAUUCGGGGUAUGAGCCAUUCCCCCAGCGUGGCAUUAAGGGGCAAUGAAAAUGAAAGAGAAAUAGCUCCGCAGUCCGUCAGCCCUCGAGAAAGUUACCGAGAAAACAAGCGCAAGCAGAAGCUGCCGCAGCAGCAGCAGCAGAGCUUCCAGCAGCUGGUUUCGGCCAGGAAGGAGCAGAAGCGAGAGGAGCGCCGACAGCUGAAGCAGCAGCUGGAGGACAUGCAGAAGCAGCUGCGCCAGCUGCAGGAGAAGUUCUACCAGAUCUACGACAGCACCGACUCUGAAAAUGAUGAAGAUGGCAACCUGUCUGAAGACAGCAUGCGCUCCGAGACCGUGGAUGCCCAGGCUGGUGACUCCGUCGGCAGGUCAGACAACGAGAUGUGCGAGCUGGACCCAGGGCAGUUCAUCGACCGGGCGCGGGCUCUCAUACGGGAGCAGGAGAUCGGGGAGAACAAGCCGAAAAGAGAAGGUCCCAAGGAGAAGGACCAAGGGCCAAAUUCCUUCCAUCCUGAAGGUAAACACUUGGCUGAGACGCUGAAGCAGGAACUGAACACCGCCAUGUCACAAGUUGUGGACACAGUGGUGAAAGUUUUCUCGUCCAAGCCCUCCCGCCAGCUUCCUCAGGUCUUCCCACCUCUCCAGAUCCCCCAGGCCAGGUUUGCUGUCAAUGGGGAGAACCACAACUUCCACACGGCCAACCAGCGCCUGCAGUGCUUUGGGGACGUCAUCAUUCCAAACCCCCUCGACACCUUCAGCAGCGUCCCCAUGCCCGGUGCCACUGACCAGACUGAGGCGCUGCCCCUCGUCGUCCGCAAGAACUCCUCCGACCAGCCCGCCUCGGCCCCUCCAGCCGGUGGCCACCACGCCUCGCUGCACCAGUCCCCACUCUCGGCCACUGCCGGCUUCUCCACCUCCUCCUUCCGCCACCCCUUCCCGCUGCCCCUCAUGGCCUACCCCUUCCAGAGCCCUCUGGGCGCCCCGUCAGCCUCCUUCCCGGGGAAAGAGCGUGCCUCCCCUGAGUCCCUGGACUUGACCCGGGAGACCACCAGCCUGAGGACCAAGAUGUCGUCGCACCACAUGAACCACCAUCCCUGCUCACCCGCACACCCCCCCAGUGCUGCCGAAGGCCUCUCCUUGUCCCUCAUAAAGUCUGAGUGUGGUGACCUGCAAGACAUGUCUGAAAUCUCGCCCUACUCGGGAAGUGCAAUGCAGGAAGGCUUGUCGCCGAACCACUUGAAAAAGGCCAAGCUCAUGUUCUUUUACACCCGGUACCCAAGUUCCAAUAUGCUGAAAACCUACUUCUCAGAUGUAAAGUUCAACAGAUGCAUUACCUCUCAGCUCAUCAAGUGGUUUAGCAAUUUCCGUGAGUUUUACUACAUUCAGAUGGAGAAGUAUGCGCGGCAAGCCAUCAACGACGGGGUCACGAGCACGGAGGAGCUGUCUAUAACCAGAGACUGUGAGCUGUACAGGGCCCUGAACAUGCACUACAAUAAAGCGAAUGACUUUGAGCAGGUUCCAGAGAGAUUCCUGGAAGUGGCUCAGAUCACGUUACGGGAGUUUUUCAAUGCCAUUAUCGCAGGCAAAGAUGUUGAUCCUUCCUGGAAGAAGGCCAUAUACAAGGUCAUCUGUAAGCUGGACAGUGAGGUCCCUGAGAUUUUCAAAUCCCCCAACUGCCUACAAGAGCUUCUUCAUGAGUAGAGAGUUCAGCAGCUAUUUAUGAAUGUAUGAAAGUAGCAGUCCCCUUCUGAUGCCCAAGUCAUGUGUGUCUCUAUUUUAAUUUCAUAUAUAUGUGUAUUGCAUACAUAUAUAUGUAUAUGAAAUUAGACUGUGAUCCCUCCUGGGUAUAUCUUUGGGUUUUCGUUUGGUUCCAAGGGGAUGGUUAUUUUACUUCAGCCUUUGGUUUACUUUUGCCCGAGACCCUUAACAUUUGGAGAAUAAAUUGAGUUAAUUUUCAGGGAGAAGAGUUUGGAAGCGUGUAAAAGCCUGUCUUAGCAAGUUAGGGCAUUAUGUUUAAAAAUGCUUUGUCAGAUUUAUUGCUUGCUGCAAAGUGGCAUUUUGUCUUAGUGAGACUAAUGUCAUGGCACAAUACUACAGACAAUGAAGUUUAUAUUAUGUUUAUACUGCUAAAGGUCUGAACUCUGUGGAGUCACUUCAUAAGCUUGGAGCAUUUUUUUUUUAAUUAUUAUUAUUUUAUAUACUUUUUAACCAAUAACUAGAUUUUCUUUCAUACUUCAAAAAGCUACAACAUCUAUUUCAGGUUCUCACUCCAAGGAGUGAUACCGAAAAAGCAAACCCUAUUCUUCAUGCUUUCCCUUACAGAAACAAUAAAUACCCUGCGCCAGUAAUCGACAUGCCAGGUUGUUGUUUUUCUAAAUUGCAGCAAGGGACGUUUGCACAAAUCAAACACCACUCGUGCAGGUUGAGGCCAGUAAUUCAUGCACAGUGUUGUAUCAACCACACGAAUUGUAGAGUACGGUCAGCUUGUUAAAACGGAAGCAUUUCACUCUCCAUAGAGUAAAAAUGAAACCUGCAGAGUACUAAAUUGCCACGUCUUGGUCUUACUUUAAGUGGCAUCGGUCCCUGAUUUUUUUCCUCUCAGUGCAUUCUGCCCCUAGAAAUCCCCUUUCAAAUAUACGCAGUUUUCUGUCUGUAUUUGACAUCUGUCCUGAAAAGCACUUUUUGAAUGAUCUGAUAUACAGUCAAAGAAAGCAUCUUCACCUCACAGUGCUGAGGCAAAGGAAAGAAAAAAAAAAAGAAAAAAAAAAAAAGACUUGUUUGUAGCUGUAAAAUAUAAUCAGCCUUUUCCUAAUCAGGAGAACGAAAACCACAUUUUCGUAAAAAUCCAAUCAAGCAUAUACAAAAAUUGCAGUGUCCUCCUGGCUAUGCAGGGUUCAGAUGGCCAAACUGGAGUUUUAAAUUACUCUUACGUGCAGCUUUAAAAAAAACCUAUAUGAGCAAAGUGCUGCACAUCCUCAGAAGCUGGAGGUAGUCUUGACCAAAAUCUGAGCUGCGGUGUAAAGUCCACGAUGGGUCUGGAUUCACCUGAAUGCUGUACCAUGUAAUGUCAGCACACGGAAAGAAAGCUAGCUGCUAGUUCUUGUGCUUUCUUCAAUGGCUCUCUUUGUCUCACGUUUUCAGAAAGGUAUUGUCUCCAAAAGUUUGGGGGAAGGUUGAAUAUGCUAUAGCACUCUGUAUUUGUCAUUUUCUCUGUCGUCUUUUGUACAGAUGCAGUAAGAAUUUAUUGUUAUCGUCAAUAGUGUUUUCCCCUGCACAUUUCAGUCUGAAUCUAGAGGAAGUUCCUAAUUAGCUGAGGAUUGCAUUUAGACCCUGGAGGAUAUUGAUACCUUGCGUCUUUAUUUUAAAAUUACAUUUUGACUUUGGAGAGUGAAAGUUUACCCAUGUGACUAAAGAGCUGACCUGAUCAUUGCAAUUUCACUUCAUUUACAAAUACUGCUGAUGGACAGAAAUGUAUGAAAGCAAUUAUUGUCAGCAGAAAGCCUUAAAAACCUGCUGACUUCAAAUUAAACAGCACAAUCCUACGAUUCCCUGUCAUUAUUUUCAAGCACUGGCAGUAUCUGUGGAGUAUAGGCAAUGCAGACAAUAGCAUGGGAUGAAGUGCCAACAUUUUCACUAUGCAUUAAAAGCUAAACAAAUCUUGAUCUUAGACUCCCUAAGAGUACCUAACACUGUAUGUAUCCUCACAGUAGACAGGAUGUGUCCUUUUCUUUCUUUUCUUCUGUUUUGUUUUGUUUUCCUUCUUUUCCCUUUUUAUUUUAUUUUUUUUCUUUUAUUCUUGUGCAUGAUUUGGUAAACAUUACACUUCAUAAUGAUGUAACUCCAGUUAAUUCUGAGUAAGAGAGGAUGAAAAUUGUGUUCAUGCACUUUUCUAUCUUUCUUUUUUUCUUUUUUCUUUUUGUUUAAUUUAUGGGAAGAAGUGGCAUAAAAUGCUCAAGUUUUAACACAGCAAGUUCAUCAUUGGCAUACCAUCAGAUACAAAACAUAGCACUGCAUUGUCACCUUGGACAUAAGAAAGCAAAGCCAUACUGUAGUCAUAAUAUGUGGACAUACUACUAGCUACCAUCUUAAUCUGUGGUUUUACCAUUACUUUUAUUAUGUUUAUUAUUAUUAUUAUUAUUAAUAUGAUAUUAUUAUUAUUAUUAUUAUUUGGCUGCAAUGUGAUUCACAUAAUCUAAAUAAGUGAAAUUGUGUACUCAACACUUGAUGUUGUUGCAUUUAUUUAUUUAUUUAUAAGUAGCAUAAUCUCGAUAGUAAAUGAGGCAUAGGAAUUAAGAGUAGAAAUUUCACCUUAAAAGAACAAUAAAACCUCCUUGGUCUGAAAAAGGAAAACAGGAUGAUCUGAUAAUUUCCAUCAUGUGAUUCUUCUGUAUUUUAUAGCCAUAUUGCCUUUGUGCCUCCCAGUACACCUAAAAACGUGGCAUAGCUCCUACUAAAUUGUAAGUAGAAAAUAGGGUUGUUUCUUUUUUCAAGCGAUCUCGAUAUUAUUUCCCUAAUAACGGCUAAAAGGCAGGAGGCUACUCUUAUUGUAAUGAAACGUUUACACAGGGAAAGAAUUUCAGAUUCCAUGUAGAAAUCCCAUGUUGCCGUUCAUUUACUGCUAAUUCAGAUUUAUUUCUGCAUAUAAACUUGAGGUUAUAGUCUGUGCCUAGACCUUAAAUGCACCAGCGGAAGGAUAAAAGAAUCCUUCAAAAUACCAGUUUUUCCCCCACAAGUACAAUUGUUCUUGUGCCUUCUGUGGCUUACAGUUUUCAUCUUUUAAACUUUAUUUUUCAAUUACGACAGCUGCAAUAAACACUAUUUUGUUUGUUUGUUUGUUUCUUUUUUUUCCGGCUGUUUGACAUACUGUUGAUAGCUAUGCAUAUUUUGUGUCUUUUUAAAAAUUAAAAAAAAAAAAUACACAAAAAAAAAACCACAAAAAAAAAAAAAACAAAAACAAAGCAGGAGAAUACGUUUUUGAAGAAGAGAAUUUUUAGAACAGUUUGAUAACGCAAAUUAUUUUUUCUCAAUUGUUUGAGCAGCAUUCAAGUUUUGAAAAUUCUUGUAGAAGCCAAUUUUUUGUAACUGUGGUGCAAAUCUUGUGUUUUCUUAGCCUGAUGAAAAGUAGUAUAGAAGCAAUAUUUCAUACGUGACAUAUGUGCAGAUACGUAUACAUACGUAGCCACACGCAGCCAGGGUGCGUGUGCACGUAUGUAUAUAUACACUGAAAGACACACUCACAGACACACAAAAUAUGCGUAUGAAGUGAAAAGCUUACCUUUUUCCUAUCUAGAUUAAGAACCUAUUUUAGACAUUUGUUAUGUUUUGUGAAAAGAAUGUUCUAUUUGAAACUACAAAACAUUUAAUUCUUACUGUAUCUCUGGUUGUUUAAUGGGAACGUUUCACAUUUAAUGGUAAACACGUGGAAGAUGUUAGAAUGUAGUAAUUAUUUAAGAAAGUGUUCACCCAUGUAUUCCUGAGGUUUGCUUUGUGCCUCUGAGUAUUAUUUAAUUAAAGUGUUUUAAGUUUGCAGAAUCUUUGUUACUGUACCAGGUAUGUGGGUGAACAUUGAAAACCGAGGGGAACUUUUAUAAAGCAAUGUAAAUAUUCAACCUUAAGGCUGUUCUUGCGUAAAGACAUAAGAUUUUAAUAACUACAUUCUGAAAACAUCUGUUGAAUUUAUAAGGAACACUACAGUAACUGUAUAGAUAGUUGAAAGCAUUCUUGAAAAUCCAGCUCUCUACUUUUAACAGUUAAGUCUUUCAUCAGAUGUCAAGGGAAUGGGUAAUACGGUUUCUGUAAAAUGGCAGAUUUUUUUUUCUAUGUAUAGGAAGUCAGUUAAUAGAAAAAUGUUUUUUUUUCCACAGGUUAAUAUUGAUUAAGAAAUAAAGGUGAAGAUUUUGUGGCUUUAAAGAUAGGAUUUUCACCAGCAGCAUUGAAAGAUUAUACGUAUAUAUAUAUACAGAAAUAUAUAUAUAUAUAAAUGGAAAGUGGUUUACAAAACCCCCAAAAUGAGCACUGUACAUGAGAAGUGAAAGCAAAAACUAUAUUUGCCAUGUGUAUUAUAUAGUAAUCAUUGGUGUUGAUAGUGCAAAUGUUUCCUUCUGGUACCAACUAUGUGUUUGAAAAUUCCAAUACGCAUUGUUUUCAAAAAGCUCCCCUUAAGGAAUGUAACUGGUUUAUAUGAGUAAGCAGUUACUGUAUUGCACUUAAAUGUUCUGUUGAAGGAAAUGCAAUUUCGUUUUCUGUAGAACUGUUGGUUGUAAACCAUCUAUAAACUGAAGCUAAAAAUGCUCAUAUUUAGAGCUGGGAUGAAAACUGGUAUUUAACCUUUGUAUCUUCUUAGGAAUAUCCUUUUUAGUGUAUGAAAGGUGGUGGCACUAUGACUUUGUUUAGUCUUUUCAUCUGAGCCACAGUCACCUCUCUCCCAAAGCAGCCACCUUCCAAAUGCACAAAUGUACUGGGACAUGUAGAAACAAAUCUAGGAGAAACGGCGAGCUUACAUUUUCUCUCUAAGAUCCAUCCUUUCUGCGUUAAUUAUACCACUGGAGUGAAAUAUUAGACCAACACAAUAACCACCUCAUUACCGCGCGAUGUGUAAGAGUCAGAAACUUAAAAAGGAGGAAGAAAAGCCUCUUUAGGUUGGUUUUAAUGCUGCCCAGAAGAGUCAAAGGUUAAGGUCUAAACUGAUAUUGUCCCAGCCAUUACUCAUAUGUAUAUAGUUACAGAAGUGACAAAACACUGCCUUUAUAUUAUUUAGCAAUAUGUUGUAAAUAGCAUUAUUAAGCUCUUUUUUGUAAUAAAGACCCUUUAAUUUGAAGAUAGUACAAUAACUGAACUGAUAAAGUCAAUUUUUGAUUUUUUUUUUAUUUUAUUUUUUAGCUAGAGGCAAUUUCAACUGUGGAUUUUUUUGUUGUUGUCUAUUGUUCUGAAGACUUUGCAUAAUUUAUUGGUUUAAUUUAUCCUAAUUUAUUUGAUGAAGGUGUACAAUUUUGUAUUACCAAGGAUGUACUGUAAUAUUAAUUGAUGACAAGAUAAAACAAUAAGACUCCCCUGUCCGUUUGAAAAAUAAAAAAAAAAGGUGCAGUAGACAAUUGAUUGAAAAAAAAAAGUUACAAUUCUAGCUUGGCAGCUACUAAAUUUAAGAUAAACACAGGAAAAAUGUUUGGGGGGGUGGAUUUUAUUUUGUGUGUUUAAAGCUUUUGUAUACUCUCCAGACUUUUACCUUUUUGCUUUGUACCACUUAAAGGAUACAGUAGUUCAAUUGCCUUGUGUGCCUUCCAUCUUCUCUAAACUGAAUGUAUGUGCAGUAUAUAUGCAAGCUUGUGCAAAAUAAAAUAUAAAUUACAAGCUCA